UGACCAUUGAAGUAGCAGAGGCAUUGGUACUUUACCACAUUUUUAUUUUUACUGUUUUUCACCCCAUUAACAUAUUGAUCCCAUAUUGACCACAUUUCCACCCCCAAUUCCCUGUUAAACAAACGGGCUAAGGGAUUGCUACGGACUACAAUAUCAUGGGCGGAGGCGUACAAUUUGGGUUUUAAGCUUCGUUGUGAACCGUGACAAAAAAAACAUUAGAAAAUAGAAGAAAGGAGGAAAGAAAGAAGAUGUGGAGCAGAGGAUACAAGUUAAAAAACGGAGGGAAACUGAGAAGACAAAAACCCUAGGAAUAUUGUUGUGCGGAGUCUGCCUAGUGUUGAAUAACUGUACCGCAGACAGGCGAUGGCGAGGCUUCUUCAACAUGCUUCUUCUCUAAAGCGCUUUCUAUUUGCAGCACAGGAUUACAGACACGGUAUUGGGGGGCUAUCUUCCCAAAUUUGCUACUUUUCUUCUAAAGUUGGUCGGAAGUCUAAGUCUGAUGGAAGUGAUUCUGGUGAAGAGAAUAUGUCUAAGAAAGAUUUGGCCCUACAUCAAGCCCUGGAUCAGAUAACAAAUGCCUUUGGGAAGGGAGCAAUCAUGUGGCUUGGUCGCUCUGUUUCUCCUAGACAUGUUCCAGUGGUGUCUACAGGAUCUUUUGCUUUGGAUAUGGCGUUGGGGAUUGGUGGACUCCCAAAGGGACGUGUUGUGGAGAUAUAUGGCCCAGAGGCCUCUGGGAAAACAACUCUUGCUCUUCAUGUAAUUGCUGAAGCGCAGAAACACGGAGGCUAUUGUGUCUUUGUUGAUGCUGAGCAUGCUCUUGAUCCAAAGUUGGCUGAGGCUAUUGGUGUCAAGACUGAAAAUUUGCUUCUGUCACAGCCAGAUAGUGGUGAACAAGCACUAAGUCUUGUGGACACCCUAAUUCGCAGUGGGUCUGUUGAUGUUGUUGUUGUGGACAGUGUAGCUGCUCUUGUACCUAAAGGUGAACUUGAUGGUGAAAUGGGGGAUGCACACAUGGCAAUGCAAGCAAGAUUGAUGAGCCAGGCACUUCGCAAGUUGAGCCAUUCUUUAUCCCUCUCCCAGACUAUUUUGAUCUUCAUAAAUCAAGUGAGAUCAAAGCUGGCCACUUUUGGAGGAUUUGGAGUUCCAACUGAAGUUACUUCAGGAGGUAAUGCUUUGAAGUUCUAUGCAUCAGUGCGCCUAAAUAUUAAAAGAAUCGGGCUUGUCAAGAAGGGGGAAGAGACAAUCGGGAGUCAAGUUCUUGUGAAGAUAGUAAAAAACAAACAUGCUCCGCCAUUUAAAACAGCUCAGUUUGAACUUGAGUUUGGCAAGGGGAUAUGCCGUGAUGCAGAGAUUGUAGAGUUGGGUUGCAAACACAAAUUCAUCACCAAGAAGGGAGGGGCAUACUACAACUUUGAUGAUAGGAGCUUCCAUGGCAAGGAUGCUAUUAAACGAUACUUAGCUGAGAACGGGGAUAUUCGAGAUCAAUUGAUGACUAAGCUCCAGGAUGAGCUACUGCACAUUGAGAGUGACAAGGAUAAGGACACAGAAGUUGAGAGCAUUUCACCUGAUUCAACUGAUGAGGAAGCAACCACUGCUGCUGAGGCCUAAGGUUGCAAUCCACGUAAAAUGUUUUUUAGUUGGGCCUCCUUAUUCCAGCACAAAGCCAAGGCUUCUGGUGUGCAAGUGUCCUGUUUCAAUCACUGCUGCUGAGACGUUAGGUCGCAAUCUAUUUGAAGUUUACUAAUUUGGGUCGCCCUAUUCCAACACAUAACCAACGCUUCUGGGUGUUUCAAUCACUGCUGCUCAGGGGUAAGGUUGCAAUUCACUUAAAGUUGUUUGCUAAGUUGGGCCACCUUAUUCCAGGAAAAACUGAGGCUUCUGGGUUUGCGGCUGUGUUCUGUUAAUUAGUAUAGACAGGCACAAAUAUGGUUGCAUAGGGUUGGGAUGGCCUCAGAUCCAUGUCGGCUGCUACGGGUGGUUUGGAAUCAGGUGCAGUGGAUUUUGCCAACAUAUAUAUAUAUAUAUUUAUAUAUUUCCCUCUUUUUAAUUGGUUGAUGUACAAGUUGAUAUUAAUAUAUGCAUAGAUGGUAAACCAGAGCAUGGCAUCGAUGAAUUAUGCAGGGCCAGACAUCCGUCAGCUUCAGCACUUAAAUUGUUUAGAAUGGUGAGGUUCCUUUUUUUGUGCUAAUAUCGAUCUAGUUUCAUUGCAGUUGCGGAACUGUAGGAGGGAAAAAAAAAGUAUUUGUUGUCAAUUCAUUACUUUCUGUACCCUAAUUUAUUGUUAAUGGUUGUCCUCCCAUUUUGAUCUCU